CUCCUCUAUAAAACGAGUGAGUUAUCAUGAUUACUUUGAGAGUAUAAUAGACUUCAGAGACCAAAGAUAACUUUUAGGUAAUUUAUAGAGAUAGGACUUCACUGUUACACACAAAGAAAUUUUGAAGUAUAAAAUGGCUAAUCAGGAACCAGAUUUGAUAGAGGUAGUGAAGGAUGGCAUCUACAUAAUUCGAUUCAACCGACCAAAACGGAAGAAUGCCUUUAAUGACAAGAUUAUGCUUGGCCUAGGCCCCGCCCUAGAGAGAGCAGCAUCCAACCCAGAAGCAGCAAUUGCUGUUGUUACUGGAACAGGAGAUUACUUCACUUCGGGAAAUGAUCUCUCCAAUUUCACAAAGAGAGCAGGGUCAGGAGAUGGUGGUGCCUCUGAUAAAAAAGGUGAAGCAAAUUUAGAGCUACUGGCACAGGCAGCUAAUAGUAGUUUUAACAGACUAGUGAAAGCCUUUAUUGACUUUUCCAAACCUCUUAUUGCUAUCGUCAAUGGUCCGGCCGUGGGUAUUGGGGUCACCAUGCUAGGUCUUUGUGACGUUGUUUACGCUACUAAUAGGGCAAUCUUUCAUGCACCCUUUGUGAGUCUUGCACAAGCACCUGAAGGAUGCUCCUCUUUCCUCUUCCCUCGGAUCAUGGGACCUGGAAAGGCCGCGGAAGUGCUCCUCUUUGGAAAGAAGGUGACUGCAGAUGAAGCAUGCAAGAUGGGUUUAGUAACUGAGGUGUUUCCAGAUGAACACAUGGAUCAGAUCUGGCCAAGGUUGCAUCAGUGGGCCAAGCUUCCUCCAGUUGCCAUGAUGAGGGCUAAAGGCCUCAUGAGAGCACACUUAAAGGACAAACUUCAUGAGGUCAAUGAUUUGGAAUGCAAAUCUUUGGCAGAAUCAUGGACCACUGAAGAAUUUAUGAAUGCAUUAAUGAAAUUCUUCACCAGGAAAUCAAAGCUUUAAGAAAAUUAUUAUAUGUGUGCUAACAUGAAUAUAUGAGAUUUACCACUGUAUUACUGAUAUUUAGUCAGACAGAGGCCAUAUCUGCUGUUUUUUUGGGUACAGGUUUUAAUGUUUUUUUAUAAAUAUGUAUAGUGUAUGUAUAUUAGUAUACUUCAAGGCAGAUUGUUGGUCACAGUUUACAUUCUUCAGUAGGUAAAAAAGAAUGGAACUUUAUGUGUGAGUAUUGAUAUAUGUGGGAGUGUAUGUGUUUCUGUGCUUUUAUAGUUGGUUGUCAUGAACAAAAUAUUUUUAUAAUGGACAAAAAAUGGAUAAACAUAGUACUCUCCUUUUUACAUGUAUCAGAUAUACAUUGUAAAUAUUGGUUAUUGUAAUAUGGGUGCUUUUCUUUGUAAUUACAAAGAAUCUUUUAAUGUAAAUAUAAGAAAUCCACUAAUCAUUGUAAUAUUAAAAUAUAUGAAUUGUUGUCUAAUAGGAAA